AUGCUCAGACCACAAUAUACUCGUAGACCAUUUGAAGUGCUGGUUAUUGGUCCCAAGAAUUCAGGGAAGAAUACGAUUACUACUCAAUUACUUAAAACGGCAGAUGUCUUCUAUUCAGUGAAUACGGCAGAUAACAUACCAAAACUUGCCUUGAAUCGUAUUGACUUUAUAUUGAUAUUGGUGGAUAUGACACAGUCCUACAGCCUGUCGCUCUUGAAUACCGUUUUACAGCAUUUGACACCAGAAUAUAUAUUAAACAAAACUGCUAUCGUUGCUACAAAAGCUGAUUUACCUAGAUCUUGGCAGCUUGAAAGAGAGGACAUUGAUAUAAUGGUGAAAUCGUACUUCGAUCUACCCAUUUUGUUUGUCAAUCUUACAAAUGAGAUUGAAAAGAAAAGAACUUCUGAAAAAAUUUCUAAUAUGAUAAAGCUGUCCACCUUGCAGUAUAAGAAUGUCAGCUCUACGCUGAUCAAAUCAUUAUAUACCCAUCGUUUUCAAGAUACCGUCCUGCCACCAGAAGAUGAUGAAGGUUACCAGCCAGUGAGUGAACCAAUGGUUGAAAGGGAAUCACCUGAAUCGACGAAUAUCCAAUGA